GUGUUUGGAAGGAUAGAGUCACAAUUCCAAUGUUUAAAAGGAUACGGCGAGAAUUCCAAUGUUUGGAAGGGUAAGACCACAAUUCCAAUCUUUGCAAGGAUAAGGUCAGAAUUGCAAUCUUUGGAAGAAUUAGGUCAGAAUUCCAAUCUUUGGAAGGAUGAGGUCAGAAUUCCCAAGUUUUGAAAGAUAAGGUCACAAUUCGAAUCUUUAAAAGGAUUAGGUCAGAAUUCCAAUCUUUGUAAAGAUAAUGUCGGAAUUUCAGUGUUUGGAAGGACAUGGCCAUAAUUGCAAUGUUUCGAAAGAUAAGGUCAGAAUUCGAAUGUUUAAAAGGAUAAGGUAAGAAUUCCUGAUGUUUGAUAGGAUAAGACCAGAAUUCGAAUGUUUGGAACGAUAGGGCAUGAAUUCUAAUUCUUGGAAGCAUAAGGUCAGAAUUCCCAUGUUUGGAAAGAUAAGGUCAAAAUUCCAACGUUGGGAAAGAUUAGGUCAGAAUUCCAGUGUUUGGAAAGAUAAGGUCAGAAUUCCAAUGUUUGGAAGGAUAAGGUCCGAUUCGAAUAUUUGGAAGGAUAAGGUAACAAUUGUAAUGUUUGAAAGAAUAAGACAAGAAUUCCAGUGUUUGGAAGGAUAG